AUGGCGGUCGAUAUGAGAUUACCCUCCAUUCGAAAACUAGUAUCUCAUUCCCUUUCCGCUGGAGACAGAAGAGAUUUGGUCGUUCCCGGCGAUGUGAUCACGUCAGACUCUGGUUUCAUGAGGGGCCAUGGUACUUAUGUGGAUGAGGAGAAAUUGACAGCUUCUGUGGCCGGAGAGGUGCAGCGGGUGGACAAACUCAUCUGUGUGAGACCACUCAAGACCAGGUUCAACGGUGAGGUCGGUGAUGUGGUGGUUGGCAGAAUCACAGAGGUACAACAGAAACGGUGGAAGGUGGAGACAAACUCCCGAUUGGACUCUGUCCUUUUGUUGUCUUCUGUCAACCUGCCAGGAGGAGAGCUGAGGAGAAGAUCAGCUGAAGACGAGCUUACCAUGAGAGAGUAUCUUCUCGAAGGCGACCUCAUCAGUGCAGAAGUGCAGUCGGUCUUUUCAGACGGUGCUUUGUCGCUUCACACUCGUAGCUUAAAAUAUGGGAAACUCGGCCAAGGAGUGCUGGUGCAACUUUCUCCGUCUCUCAUAAAAAGACAAAAAACCCAUUUUCACAACCUCCCGUGUGGCGCUUCCAUCAUCUUGGGUAAUAACGGCUUCGUGUGGCUGUAUCCCACACCUGGACAACAGGAAGAAGAGGCCGGAGGGUUUUACACCAGCCUUGAGCCUGUCAGCCUGUCUGACCGUGAAGUGAUAUCCCGGUUAAGGAACUGCCUGCUGGCUUUGGCGGCGCACAAGGUCCUCCUGUUCGACACGAGUGUUCUCUACUGCUAUGAAUCUUCACUUCAGCACCAGGUUAAAGACAUUUUGAAACCAGAAGUGAUGGAGGAGAUUGUAUUGCUGACACAACAGAAGCUUAUUGAACAGGAAGGUUAA